AGUAACACGACAUACAUAUUUAGUUAUAUUUAGUUAUUUACUGCCAUCUCUAGAAUUCUGGAUAUUUAAAGCAUGUAUUGGAAAGUGGAGAACUGUCGUAGCUGAGUGUUUAUGCACAGGAAAAUUAGUAGCAUACCUCAUCUACAAUUGUAAGUGAAACAUUGCAGUGAGAUAUAUGCAAUACAAAAGUAGAUAAAAUAUAUAGGUGCAAGUUCAUUCAUCGACAGCGCAUUCCAUUCAUCUAACUCGUAUUACACCACUCACUCACAAUGGGGGCUAAUAAACGACGAAAAACAACCAAAGGUGUAGCCGAACCUCAAGAACAAGAUACGGAUACUCGGGGACAAGAAGAACACAGUUAUGCUAACACAUCUAAUAUAUCAGCACCUGUCGAUGCACCUGUGAGUGCAUAUGCCGUGCGUACCGAGCCAUCCCUUUUCAAUCACCAAGAUUACACUAGUGCAGCACUCUCAUCCCCUCAGUACAACCGUGAUAGUGACCACGAGGAUGUGUAUAGCAAUAAUAACUAUGGCAACGACUCCGAUGAUAACAAUACGCACAGUGAGACUGAGACUGAAGAAGUGAAUCUUAAAGCACGAGUCCAAGGGGGUAUGAACAUGCACCACAGCAGAUCACUGAAAAUGGGCGGUGCAACACCUAGCGUGAGUACGGGUGAUACAUUGCAUGGAUCGACCUGGAAAUGGACCACCAAUGCGUGCUAUACAUUCACAUUAACACCCGCAGAUAGCAGCACAAGCACAAACACACAUCAAUCGCAUGCAAACACAAGUACAUCUACACAUACACGUGCACCUAUGCCUGAGAGGGCGGCAGCAGUAGUAAUACUACAGCCUGAGGAGGCCUUGGGCGUGGUAGGAUGUGCAGACAUGUGUGUGCUGGAUGGUACAGCUGAUGUGAAUGGAUAUAGUAUGCGCAGCAGUGAAGCCGUGUCACAUCAAAUUGCAUUGGAUGGGUUUGUGACACUAAAUAUGCACACACUCGUGUCGUCUCGAUCACUGAGUGUGCUAUCUAUACGCCCAGCAGAUUCAAAGGCAGAUACACGCACAGAUAUGCGCUCGCCGGGCAGGCACAGACGCACAUACACACACUCGAAGAUGCAGACAAUCACAGAUACACCCACGGAAAUGCAGAACAUGGGGUACACAUACUCGUUGCCUGAAAGUGUACGGAACUUUAUCAAUAGACAAACAAAUAAGCCAUACAACAGUACCAAGUGCUGCGUGAUACUUCUUGCUGAUACUUUCGAGCGUUUGUCACCGGCGUUGCAGACUAUACGCGCUAUCGAGACCAACGUGCGGACGGGAAGGUACAUGUUCAGUCUACCAAAUACUUUGGCCAAGACUGCGUAUGCCGAGUGUCUGAAGCUUACAACGAUGUCCCUAGUGCCACAGAUGCAAAGCGAGAUAGCGUUGUUCCGUGCACCCGAGGACUGGUAUUUGUUCGCCAGGGAUGUCUGUGCGUACUCGGAUCAGACGAGUAUUCAGGAUAAAAGUGCCGACUUGUCAAGGGCACCGGCCGCGAAGAAACGAAGUAAACGUAACAGCGAAAACACUGGAACAAGUACAAAUGUAGACGCUAAUUUAGGCCCCCUAGACGCUGCUGCAUGCCCCGUUAUUGCGGUGGUGGGAGGUAAAGAUGUUGGCAAAUCCACUUUCGCGCGGUUCAUGGUGAACCGACUGCUCGGCACGUACAAAAACGUAGCAUACUUAGACUCGGAUUUGGGUCAGUGUGAAUUCACACCCCCUGGAUUGGUGUCCCUGACCGUGUGUGAGACGCCGUUGCUAGCUCCGCCUGCCUUUCACAGCCAGACAACAAAUACCAUGGGAUUUGUGGGCGACACAACUCCAAAGAGCAAUCCUUUUGUUUACUUACGGAGGGUCCGUGAGCUUGUCAGAAAGUACCGAACCUUAGCUCAAGAAGCAGCGGACAAGGGAUAUUCGCUUCCCUUGGUGAUCAACACACACGGGUGGAUCAAAGGGAUCGGACUCGAGCUCGUAUUCCGUGUAGUUGCCGCCAGCAACCCCACGCACGUGGUACAAUUUGCAUUCGAAAGUAACGGGCCCAGCGCUAUAGCUAUGCCGCUGUUUACCAAUUCGAUGCUGAAGGAUGCAUUUAAGCAGUUCAUGUCUUUGGAUUGUUAUGCCGAUCCAUCUCCGCGUGAUAUUCUAGACGGCACUUUCCCACAGUCCGCAAAUCUACAACUUAUCCACCCACAGUUCGCUGUACCAUCAGAAUACACCAGCAAUACGGAGAACGGUGAUAGUACGGCUGAGAGUAUGGCGAGCGAACACGCACUGACUGUACUUGCGCCCUGUUCUUUUCGUACUCCUAUAAGCGCGAAAUACAGGAAUGCCGAUUUACGGAUGUUAUCCAUGAGAACAUAUUUCGCACAACACGGAGUCACAUAUGAAGUCCCUAUAUCACAAUUGUGUAUAUCCGUACUGAACGAGGAAGUACAGCCUGAGAAUAUAUUGUUUGCUAUCAACGGGUGUCUGGUGGGCUUGAUCUCAAGCAUCAGUGAUAACUCGGUGUGCGAAGGUUUAGGUAUCGUGAAAGGUGUGGAUAUGGAACAACUGAGAUUGCAUAUCUACACACCGGUGGCCGAGAGUCAAUUAAAACUCGUCAAUAGAAUCGUGAGGGGGCCGUUGAAUAUGGCCGAUGGGUUCUCUGAGCUAUUCGCCAGUAAAAUACCAGGAACUGUGCAACCUUACAAAAUGUCUACAGCCACCACUAAGGCCUUGGGAUCAGCACUACGCAAAUCUCGUGCGAAUUUGGUCAGGCGCAAGAAUAUAACAUCGUAGCUGAUUUUCUAUUCUUUAUAUCGCUGGUAUUUAUAAAACAACUUUAUCAUUAGUGUG